AUGAGGCAAUAUGUGAUGGAUGGCAACUUCACUGCACAGCAUAUGAAAAUGAACAAGCCAGAGCUGGAUGUGUCAUUAUCAGAUGGAAAAGGCUACAUGGUUUCUGAGGCACCCUAUCAGACUCAUCUCCAGCAGUCUUUGGAUAACAAGGAGAGAUCCACCUGCAGCAAUCACAGGGCAAUCAAUGCUGCCAAUAUCAACAAGUCCAAUCUCUGGUCCACUGGCAUUGGUGCAACAGCCUGUGCAAGACAUGGUUGCUUUGUUCCCCAUUCUGUGGUGGAUUUUCAAAAAGGGGAAAGCAUCCAAAAGGCCCUUGUCAUUUAUGAUGUAGGGUGCCAAUGGAGUAUCAACUUCAUGAGUCAGGGGAAGUUUCAUCUGGCUGCCCACAAACUCUCUUGCUUUCCAAGAUAUAGCCUCAACUUUGUCAAGGGUGCUGGCCACCUGGAUGGUGAAAUUUUGGAGACAUUGUGGGCUCCAUUCAAUAAGAUCUCUCCAACUGCAAGGUCUAUGACUCAAGCCCACAGACAAGAGGUGUAUGAUGAUCAUAUGAGAGAUUCUAACUGGAAAAAAAUUGUGGGCAUAGUCCCUUCACUGCUAAAAAAAUACAAGACUUCAAACAAGUGUCUGGAGGAAAUGAAUCAGGCAUAUGAGCAGUUGACAGCUGUCCUAGACCCUACCCCUACCAUGGGUGAAGUGCAGUUAAAGCUCAUGAAAAAUCCACCUUCAUCCUCAGGAAACCUUGGUUCUGUGGCUUGGCUUGCAGAAGGAAUCAGCAUAGAGGAUGCACAAGACCAGCUAAGAUCUGAGCUCUGUCAGCUUCCCAGUCUCAUGUCUACAAGACAAGAAGUCAAAGUCUCCAAGAAGAGACAGAGACUUUCUGCCAAAAUUGAGAAAUUCAAUGGCAAGGGACAAGCCUUUCUUGAAGGUUUGGAGGAUGAUCCAGCAUUCCUUAGGCAUGAAGAAGUGGAAGAUGAAGGAGAGUUCUGGGAAGAUGGAGAGGAGGACUGGGAGGCUGCAGAAGAGGAAGGAGACUUGGCUGCUGAAGUCAUGAAUAUAUGGAUGCCCUCAUCCAUUGGAGCAGCCAAACUGACAGAGCUUGGCCUUCAUGCCCUUCUCAAAGAAGAAAUGGAACUCAGGAUUGGGCAAGCUAAUGAUUGUUUAGAGGGGCUUCACACUGACCUGGGCAACAAGGCAAUGUUAUAUUGGCAGAAUUUUUGGAAUGCAAAUUCCACCAGGGAGGGUACCAGAACCAAGAAGGAGAUCUGA